AUGAAGAAGUCGAGCACCGCAUGUUUUGGAAUAACACAGCCAUUCCAAAUAAGUCUUCUACUUCUCUACAUUGUCGUAUUCGUGCUAUCAUCCGUUUCAACUUUAAAACUUGGGAGCAGUCCGGGUGGCUAUGAUGGAGCACAGGUCUGGAGAGUUUCUACGACGGGUCCAGAACAAUACGUGGAUUUGAAGAAACGACUUUCUGCUGAAGUUAUUCAUAGAUCUGGGUUCACUGUGGACUUCAUGGUUGGAGCUUCACAGGUGGAACAAGCAAAACAGUUUCUUGCAUCGUCCAAAUUGAAGUAUACAGUACUGGCAGACGAUGUUGGGACGAAAAUGAAAGCUGCACAAUCCCCAGCGGUAGGUCCGCCUCCUGGUCCUCUACAAGGGGUCUCGAAAUUAAUGCAAAGCCUGAAAGGUAGGUUAUUUUUAUUUUUAUAAAUUGACUUGCACUAUCAUUAUCUUUGAAGCUAGAUCGGAUACUAUCUGUAUGAAAACACAUAUUGGAUGUGCCACUUAAAAAUCAAAGUAAAAAUUAAGAAACAAACUCGCAUUGUAUCAAAUGGAUUGUGAGUGUUGCUCUGAUGUAGUAUCAACUUAAAAAGUGUUAUUUCUUGCCAAGGAUAAAAAAUUCUCUCAGGGCUUAUCUGAAUCUGGAAAUUCAAUCCUAUAACAAACUGUAAUAUUUUCCUUAUUCCUUAUAUUCCUUAUAUACAGACUUGACCAGUCUCUUUACAUUUUCCCCUGGGAAGCUUUACAGGUCUUCUCACAAUUUCCUCUGAAAUAAUGUACUGAGGACAUAAUUAUUCUGAUUUAGAUUCUCGAAAUUAUUUUACCACAAGGCCUUCAGAUUUCAAGUUUUCAUUCGAAAAGUAUCAUCCCUUGAAGGAAAUUUACGGGUUUCUGGAUCACCUUAGCAAGAAGUACAGCAGUUUCGUUUCGACGGAAGUGAUCGGGAAGUCAUUCGAAAGGCGAGACAUAAAACUACUCAAAAUUUCAUGCGGAGUUCCUGGUGCUCCAUGGUUUUGGAUAGAUGCAGGUACUAAAUAUCUUAUGUUCACUGAAUAAAUGAUAAUUCGUUGUUCACUGGCUUUCGAUCACUUUGACAGGCCACGAUUGCAAAACUUUGUGGAACAAGAGCAGCUGAUGGAUGAAAGUUUGUUCUGAGGGCGUGAAAUUGUCUAAAAUUCGCCCUCAACGGAUGAGAGACUGUUGUCUUCUACUAGUUGUCAGACGAACAUUAGGUACUUUAGCAGAAACAAUAUAAUUUGAUCACACAUUUGGAAAAAAAUUCCGAAAAUUAAAAAGGAAAAAACUUUAAUCAAACAUUUAUGGAUCUAAUGCACAUACCAUACUAUAUAAA